ACGUCUACAAUGACGCCGCAAUAACAGCAUCGGGAAGCCUGCACGAGGAGUGCUCAACUUGGGUCCCAAGUGGAGUUAAAAACAAUUGAAGAGUAUCUGAGAAUAUUACAGAAGAAGGCCCAAAUCGGAAACGCCGUUUUUAAAUAAAAGUAAUUUGGAUUAUACAUCACAGUUUUCCAGCGUGAGCUAAGAAAGCUCCGGAUGUAAGAGAGCUGUCAGUGACGACCGUAAACGGCAGUUCAGACGUUGGUCGUUUCAGAAUGGCCGGAGUGUUCGAUAUAGACUUGGAGACUGAGGAUCUCAGUGAAUCAGAGGAUGAUGUUUGUGAUGGCACCGUAACUGAACCGGACAAUGUGCAAAAAGAAGAGGUGGAGCUGACCAGUGAAUCUGUUAAUAGAGACUGUGAGAGAGUUGGACCAGAUUUCUUUGAGCUUCUCACUGUGCUUGGAAAAGGAGCCUAUGGAAAGGUUUUCCAGGUGAGGAAAGUUCGAGGUGCCAUGUCAAACAAAAUAUUCGCCAUGAAGGUUCUCAGAAAGGCCAAAAUCGUGUGCAAUGCUAAAGACACUGCACAUACGCGAGCAGAGAGGGAGAUCCUCGAGACAGUGAGACAUCCUUUCAUCGUGGAUCUCUUCUACGCCUUUCAGACUGGUGGUAAACUCUACCUCAUACUGGAGUACCUAAGUGGAGGAGAGCUAUUCAUGCAAUUGGAGAAGGAAGGCAUCUUCAUGGAAGACACUGCUUGUUUCUAUCUAGGAGAAAUCAUAUUGGCUCUUGGGCACCUCCACUCUAAUGGAAUUAUUUACAGAGACCUCAAACCUGAAAACGUCAUGCUUAAUCACCAAGGACACAUCAAGCUAACGGACUUCGGCCUCUGUAAGGAGUCAAUUCAUUAUGGAAGUGUCACACACACAUUCUGCGGCACCAUUGAGUACAUGGCCCCUGAGAUCCUUACAAGGUCAGGCCAUAACAGAGCAGUAGACUGGUGGAGCCUUGGAGCCCUGAUGUAUGACAUGAUGACUGGAUCGCCUCCAUUCACAGCGGAGAACAGAAAAAAGACCAUUGAUAAAAUUUUGAAAUGCAAACUUAAUCUACCUCCGUAUCUGACCAUAGAUGCCAAGGACCUCAUCAAGAAGCUGUUGAAGAAGAAUCCUGCCCAAAGACUUGGCUCCAGUAAAGCAGACUGUGAUGAUAUCAAAAGACAUCCAUUCUUCAAGCAAAUCAAAUGGGAUGAGCUUCUAAAUAAGAGAGUUGAGCCACCAUACAAGCCACAGCUGCAGUCCGAUGAAGAUAUAAGCCAGUUUGACACCAGAUUUACCAGACAGACACCAGUGGACAGUCCAGACGAUUCCUCACUCAGCCAAAGCGGAGAGCUCACCUUUGCUGGUUUCACCUAUGUGGCUCCUUCAGUCCUGGACAGUUUAAAAGAAGGUUUCUCCUUUGAACCCCGAAUGCGGCCUGCUCGCCGACACAACAGUAGUCCACGCACACCUAACAGUCCUCUGAAAUUUUCCCCUGCUGGGCCCUUCAAGUCAAAUAUCGAUGGAGAGCCAGGACCUUUUUCUCCCAAGUCUUCGUCAGUAUCUUCAUCCCCUGUGCCAAAGGAGAACGGAUCUGCCAGUAUGCCUAUCAAGACCCCUGCCAGGAACAAUAAGGUGAAGGGACAUCACAGAUGAGGAGGGGCUUAAGCAUGCUUGAACUGCCAGCCCUGGUCAGGUUAACCUUUCCAGUUAUUUAAACGGCGGGGGUACAAAGUGAUUGUGUUUUUUUGGGGGGGGCUUCUUUGUUAAUUCAUGGCAUGUUAAGUACAAAUUGCUUUCAUUCCACACUUGCCAUCAUGGAUGAAUUUUCAAUGCUUCUUCCUUAAUGCAUCCUAAAAUUAGGAACAAUGAUAUUUAUUGUACCACGGGAAUGACGACCAUUAAACAUCAAGUACGCGCCUAAAAGGUCAGUAAACUGACUGAUUGGCAACAGUUUGACUUUUAGAAACUUUUUGGUUUUUAGAUAGUCGACCAAAAGUCAUACCAAACUUGUCACAGGUUGACAGUAAUUAGUAAAUGGAAAUGUCAUGCAAAGAUGUUUCCAGUAUAUACAUGCAAAAUAAGACAGUCACAUGUAAAACCCUUUUUUUUUUUUUUUACUGCAUAACCUGAUUACAUAACAGAACAAGGAUAUAAAUGGAUCAUCAAAAAAAAAACAUUUUUAUUAAAAAUAUAACCAGUGAUCCCUGGUACCGGUUUUGAAGUGCCCGCAAGAUGAAUGCAACAAUUUAAUACGAGAAUGAUUAUAAAGAGACUUGUACAUAAAAUGCACAAUAACCAAUUGUACAUAAAAUGCACAAUAACCAAUUGUGUAACCAGCAACAAGUUAGUGCACUUCAAGCCGAGGUAUUUUUAUUACUGGCUCUGACCAGUGAUUUGUUUUGCUUUGUUUUGUUAUUUGUUUUGUUUUAAAUGAUUUCCCCACACAUUUGCUCCUGUGUCAUAAUUAUAGCACAGAAAUUUGGUGUAGAUUGUGUUCAAAUAUUUUAUUUAUCUAUAUUAAGUUAAGGAAUUAUAUAUUAUGGUGCUGCUAGUGUGUAGUGUGCAAUUCUUUAAUCAAUAUGCACUGUACAGAACACUUGUGGAAAUUCAUUGCAAUUGCAAUAAUAAUAUUUCAACUAAUAUUGAGUGGAUUUACGGAUGAUUUGGUGGAUUGGUGAAUUAUAUUGUUAUGUCACUGUCAUACCACUGACAAGUAAAUAAAAGUAAUGCUACAAUUUGUUA